AUGAAGAUCCUAUGUGUGGCCGAAAAGCCGUCCAUCGCCCGCGAGGUGUCGCGAAUACUCAGUGGAGGCAGAUUCACCACGAGAAACUCCCGGAACAAGUUCAUCAAAAACUACGACUUCACCUACAACUUCACCAGCCUCGGUAUAUGCGACGUUACAAUGACUUCUGUGGUGGGGCACAUCACCAACAUGGACUUCCCGCCCGCGUACCAGUGGGGACGGUGUGUUCCCGGAAGGUUGUUUGAUGUAGAGGUGAUCGAGAAGGUCACCAAACAAGACGUGUUCGACAACAUUUCCAACGAAGCGCGUACCGCGUCCAGGUUGAUGAUCUGGACAGACUGCGAUCGCGAAGGCGAGUUCAUUGGGUUUGAGAUUUAUAAAGCCGCUUUCAAGGGAAACAGCGCCAUCCAGGUCGGGGACAUCUGGCGUAGCCAGUUUUCGCAUCUAGAACGAAGCCAUAUUAUUGAUGCUGCAUCACAUCCACGGCUGCUUGAUAUGAACUCCGUCAACGCUGUCGCGUGCCGUAUGGAAAUAGACUUCCGUGUUGGCACCAGUUUCACGCGGUUGCUCACUGACUGCUUGAAACAGAACAGAAUCAUCGAGAAAGGAGGGCUAGCCUCUUACGGAACCUGUCAGUUCCCCACCCUCGGCUUCGUAGUUGAUAGAUACAAAAGGGUCAAAUCGUUUAUCCCCGAGAAGUUUUGGUACAUUGCGGUAGAUAUCCGUAAACAGAACCAGAAGUCGUCGUUUGCUUGGACAAAAGGUCGUUUCUUCGACCGCAUGUUUGUGACACAGUUGUACCAGGAUUGUCUCCAGACAGAAGAAGGAACCAUAACCAAUGUAGAAAGUAAACGAACCACCAACUGGAGACCCUUGCCGUUGACUACAGUCGAGCUCCAGAAGGAUUGUGCGCGAUUCUUCAGGAUGAGCGCAAAAGCAGCUCUAGAUGCUGCCGAAAGAUUGUAUAACAAGGGGUUUCUUUCCUACCCAAGAACAGAAACUGAUAGUUUCCCAGCUACCAUGGACUUUGCUGGUGUAAUUGCCAAACAGACUGGUGAUGGAAGAUGGGGCGCCUAUGCAAAUCUGUUGAUGGCUAACGGCCAUGAAAUGCCGAGAAAUGGUAGCCACGACGAUAAAGCGCAUCCAGCUAUCCACCCAGUAAACUACGUAGCUAUAGAUUCGUUGACUUCGGCAGACGAAAAGAAGGUAUACGAAUAUGUGGUCCGUAGAUUUUUAGCCUGUUGCUCGAAAGAUGCUGUAGGUCACCAGACAACAGCCACUUUGCAAUGGGGUAAUGAAACAUUCACAGCCAGUGGGUUGAUUGUUACUGAGAAAAACUAUUUGGAAAUAUAUACAUACAAGAAGUGGGAAACUACAAAGCAAUUGCCGCCUCUAGAGGAGGGAGAAAAAGUCCGUAUCUCCAGUGGCCAAAUGAAGGAAGGAGAAACCAGCCCUCCCAACCACAUGACAGAAACAGAAUUGAUUGCAUUAAUGGAUGCCAAUGGUAUCGGAACGGACGCCACUAUCGCAGAGCAUAUUGAGAAAAUCAUGCAGCGAGAUUACAUCGUCAAACACAAACAAGGUGGAAAGGAAUACAUUGUUCCUACUCCGUUGGGUAUGGGGCUAAUUGAAGGAUUUGACCAGAUGGAGUUUGACAAUAUUUCUCUCUCGAAGCCGUUUUUACGUAAGUUGUUAGAGAAUUCUCUUCAGAAAAUCGUGGAUGGCGAGCGCACCAAAGCUGACGUCCUUGAAGAAGUUAAACAAAUCUAUCGACAGGCGUACGGAGUCAGCUCUCAGAAGAUGACGUUGUUGGCUCUGGUAUGUCGACAGAUAAUUGCACAGAAUCUGUGA